AUGGCAGAGCUGCAGGUGGAGGGGGAGUUUAUGGAAAUCACACUCAUCCCUUGUGUGAACAGAAAAGCGAGCAGGCCAGGAGUUUUUAAACGUCCUCGGCUUCCUCUUGCGCGCGGCCCAGUCCUCUCCGCGUUUAGUUCAGUCAGUAAGGACUUAACUUUCAGUGACUGCUUUACCAGUUCCACAAGGGUCAUGGAUAUCAAAUUCCCAGAGGCUGAAGGAUUUGGCGAGGAAGGUUCAGGAAAGAAGAAGUCUAAGUUUAAAUCUAUCAAAAAGUUCUUCGGCAAAAGAAAACGGAAAGAGACGUUAUCACCUUCAGGAAGUGGUAGUCUGAAACAAUGCCAGUCUGCAAGUGACGUCACAGCUUCACAGUCUAUGCAUAUAGAUUACGAUUCUGAAGAUGAUCUUGAGAUGCAUGAAGGUAUUAUGGGAAGCAGAGCCUUGUCGCAUGAGAGCAUUUUCAUUUCUGAGCCUGCACAAGAACCAACUAGACCAAUCCGAGUAUUUUCUCAGGAAAAUGUUUCCGAUCGGAUUAGGGCUUUGCAGAUGAAACUCCAACAGAAUUGGAAAUUAAGGGCCUCGUCUCCAUUUGGAACAUCUUCAAAAAGAGUGGAUGAUACUGGGAUGAGUUCAGAAGAUGAUGGAUUACCUAGAAGUCCACCAGAAACAUCUUUACUGCAGGAAAUGUUAAAUUCCAGUACAGCAAAGUUCUCUGACUCGCACAAGCAUCUUAGCUCCUUGAGUUUAGCUGGAACAGGCAGCGAGGAAGAAGAACAGGUCACACCAAGUCCUUUGAGAUCCUCUUCUGUGGAAAGCCAGCUAUUCCCCAGGCAGCCAAGUGCUAAAAUUAUAUCUCUGCAGACAUCUGACUGCAAUCUCUCUCCUCCUGCUGAUUUCGAUACUCCAGCCGAGUUUUCUUCUUGCUUGGAUAAUUCAGCUGCUAAGCACAAGCUUUUAGUGAAACCACGGAACCAAAGAUCCAGUAGAACAAGACGACCCACUUCGAGGAACCUGUCAGAAUUUCAGAAUGACUUGAGCUGCACACCUGAAGAAGACAAAAAUGAAAGGAAUGAGAUGCUGGCUGAACUAACCUGUGAAGGUGAUAGUUCCAACCAUAAGGAGCCAACAGAAAGCGCAGAUUUAGCAAAUUCAGUGUACUCCCAGCAACCUGAAAUGUCAAAAGGUCUUCAACAUUAUUUGAGUCACCAAAAUGAAAAAACUCGCACUCUGCAAACCACUUCUGAAUCACACACACUUCUCUGUGAAAAUAAACUAGAGGGGUGCCAAAAUACACAAGAAAUAUCACACACUGUAUUGUCAUCGUUUUUUCAGAAGAAAGAAGAUACAGUUGCCCUAAAUCUUACUGCGAACCAAGAAUCACAAAGGGAGAGAGAGCACUCUGAAACACUAAAGAUUUCCCCUUGCAGUUUUUUAAAUAGCACAUCACAUAGUAUUUUAAACCAGGAAAAUAAACAGACUUAUGGUGUGCAAUCUAAAUAUGGCAUGCUGUCUGAUAAGAAUGUCACAAUCAGAGAUGAUGUGAUCCCAGCACUAGGUAGAAGAGAGAAAAAUACAUUCAAAGAUGCUAAGGCACUUUUGGAAGAUAUUUCUAACAAGGGAACCAUAAAUGCAUCUCCUACAUUGCCUAGCACCACCAGUCUUUUAUCAAAAAAUUCAUCCCACGUCACAGAUUUACCAUAUCCUGAGAGCAAUAGUAUUUUGCAAACUUCUUGCACGGUCCCAUCAUCACAAACAGACCUGCCUCCUCCUUUGAACCUAGAAAAAAUAAAGCCAAUUCUGGUGCAAUCUGUAUCCAAUAAAGAAAACAGUCACCCAGCAAUACCUGCUAUGUUGAUUUUAGGAGGGAAAGAAUCCAUUGAUCAAAGCACUGCAAGAAAAUUCUCUGUCUCGUCAGCUUGGGGAAGGUCAAGGACUAGCAGCUUGAACAUGAAAGACACUUUAGUGUAUGAAGAUCCACCAACCACGCAGAUCUUGCAGGCUAAAAUUAAAAACUCUUCAAGAAACGAGAAGGUAAAAGAGGAUACAGAGGUUAACUCCUGCCAAGAGAGAAAAGGCUGCACUAGCAAGUCGGCCCCCACAUCAGAGCUGGAAUCAGAAACCGCUGGGAGAUCAUCAGACAGAGUGGAAGCUAGCCCACCGCCCCAGGUCGUGGCUUCAAAACCAGUGCUGAGUAACUUUCCCACUGCUCUUCCACAACAAUCAAGUAUGGUUGAGUUAAGUUGUGAAGAAAAAAAUCCCUUCCAAGUCAAGCUGAGAUCCACAUCUUUAUCACUGAAAUAUAGAAACAGCUCUUUGCAGGAAUCAAAGGAGGCUAAAAGAUACAGUGCAGAGUUUAAUGUGGAAAAAGAGGGACUACCUUUGACAUUCCUAAAAGGUGAAAAAGCAGAGGCUAAAAAACCAACUGAUGUAAAUACCACUAGCGUUUUAACUGAAAGCCUCAAAGCUAAAUCAAAGGCCUCUGAACAGGGUAGCACAAAACCUCCAUUGCCAAGGAAACCUAUUUUGCAACACUACUUUAUUGCUGGCACUAGCACAAACAUAGAAAAGCAGGAAAAAGUAACCAAAUAUCCUGAGUUGAAAAAUGAAGGCAAAGAUUUGGAGACGAAACCAAGCCCCUCCGAAGUGCCUGCAGAGAAAAGUGUGCCUUCUCCUGUGAUUGCUGCAGCAGACACUGCAAGAGGAACUGAAAGCCAGACAGUGCCAGCCUGGAUUACCAUAGCAAAACAAAAGCAGAGGGUCAUGGAGCAAGAGCUUAGCAAAGAAGAGAAACUGGUGGCUGCGGAUAACACAGACACAGAAAAACAAAUACAAGAGAAGGAGCGAAUGGAGGAAGUUCUGAGGCAACAGACAGAUUUCACGCGAAACACAUCUUUGCCUUUCCCACCCGCAGCUUCUUUUGAAGAACAAAGGAAUGAAACUAAGUCAGAUAUGCAGGAAUCUUUGCCGGGAGGCAGCUUGCUGUCACACCAUAACCCUGUUCAGUCUUCAGUGCUGAUUGAAAAAGAAGAUAUAAAGCCACUUAAGAAGGUCAGUCAUUCUUCCCCAGAUCAACCCUCAUGGAUGGAACUUGCCAAAAAGAAAUCUCAAGCUUGGAGCGACAUGCCUCAGAGGAUAAAAUAGAGUAUGCAUUUUUAUGCAUAAUAGUUGUUCUAGAUUUUUUUUUAUCGGGCUAUGUUAAUUGAACAGAUAGUUACUCAUGAAAUCUAUUAUGUUGGCCUCACAUUUGUAUUCUUAACCCACUGUGUAGCAAUGAAGAUUCUGCUAGAAAGCUACUGCUGGGCUCUUUGUUUUUUGCUUGGAAAAAUAAUCAGUUGCGGAUAAUGUUGCUUAUCUUACAUCUUAUUUGUUUCUUUCCCCCCUGCAAAAUGGUUUGUGAUGUAUAAGCUUUUGGAAUAUUUACUAAUGAUUGGUUUACCAUUACUUUGUUACCUUGUGACUAAUCUUCCUAUCAAAAAUCUUUUUCUUUUUUUGAGCUAUGAAACUAAAUUGGAAUACAGCAAGAAUUCUUCCCCAGAAACACACAUGCAAAACAAAUGAUGUUAGGUUGAUAGAUUAACAGAAAAUUAAAAACUGAUAGCAUUGUGGAGUAAACAUGGAAAUAGGCUGGAAUGCUAGUUUAUUCUCUGGACUGAUUCAGUCAUUACUACCCUCUCCCCACUCCCCAAACCGCUGCACGCUGUUGGAUCAGGUUCAGAACCUAGCAUUAGACGUAUGUGCUACUUGACAAUACCUAAGAAAGUCAUGACUUCACUGGAAGAACCCUCAUUUAUUUGAACUCCAAGUAGGUAGUAUAGUUACAGAAAAAGGGAGAACCUGUAUUCAAAAAUUCAAGAUCUCCUGUUGCAGUUGUUGAUGUAGUGAGGAUUGGAAGAAAGAGCACACAUUCUUGAUUUUGCCACAUCUAGUGGACUAGUGGGAGAAGUAGCAUCUGAACAGCCCCAUGAUUUUGAAUCCUAAACCGAGCUGACAAGGAAUUUAUUUAUAUCUUGAAUGAGGGAUAUGUUGCCCUCUGAGAUGUUUCCGGGUGGGAACUCCCAUCAUCCCAGAUCAUGGGCCAUACCCGCUGGGGUUGGCCAGUGGGGAGUUGGACUCUCAAGGACAUGUAGAGGUCCACAGGCUCCCUUCUCCUGAUCUACAUCUAUGUCAAAAUUGGACCAGGCAUCCCCAUACUCGGCCCUCCAGCUGUUUUGGGACUACAAUUCCCGUCAUCUCUGAACACUGGUCCUGUUAGCUAAGGAUGAUGGGAGUUGUAGUCCCCAAAACAGCUGGGGGGCCAAGUUUGGGGAUGCCUGAAUUAGACACUGCUUUAACCUCCAUUUCGUAGCCUUAUCCUUUUCUAAUCUAGAAGCUGCUCUUAGACUUUGGAGAAACGACGUCAUCCAUGAUAUUGAAGGGUAGUCAUAAUGCCUGCUAGAGUUUGCACAUUUAAAAGUUACGCACAGCUGUAAAAAAGAAAAGCCAACUUCACACAUAUGUAUAAUAUCACAACAGAAAAUUCGAGACAAAACUGGCUGGUGCUACUUACUUUCUUAUCUGCACAGUUGGGGUAAUCAGCCCGUGAAUAAAUGCAUAGGCCGAUGGAUUCAGGGUCAGCAGGGGAAAAAGACCAAACUUCAGUCCCUAGUAAGGGAGACAGUUGGCAAGCUUUGUUUAUCUAACAAAGGAGAAGAUAUUACUUUGUCCUUCAUUAUACACUGAUAAUCCAAAAUUGCCUGGAUGAGUGGCCUUCAUUCUGCCCUAUUUUUGCAUGCAUUUUCAGUAUACAUUUUCAAUUAUGUUACAGGUGAUGGCUAGGAUUUUGUUAGCAUGUGGUGUAAUGCUGGAUAUAUAUUUUUUCCUGCUGCUGUUACUUUAGGUGCCUCUUGAUAUGUAAUAAAAUGGAUACCAUGUAAAACAUCUUUCCACGGCAACAAAAAUAACCAUUGGCUUUUAUACAUAAGGUACAGCCUUAGCACCUUCAGUAUUCUUGAAGGUGUGGUAUCAGUUAAACUGAAUUUAUUGAGUAUCUUGCAGUAUUGCAGAAAGGCUCUAGAUUGGUGGCAGAGUUCAUGCUUUCUUUGUGCAAGGCUCAGUAGCCACUUGGGCAGAAAUCCUGGUGCUCUCAUGUGGCAAACAGAGGCUCGGGCCUUAUCUAUGUAUGUACACCAAGCACCUUAGAUAAGCCACCCACAUAAUUCUGAAAACAUGGUUUAUGUCUGUGGGUUUUCUGAUCACUAUUCGCCUAACCUGCUUUAACUCCCAAGGUAGUGUUCCAUGCAUGGGGUGUUUACAAAUGUUUUCAGUAUGUCUCAAGUCCAUGAUUUUGGGGUUGAAAAUCCUAAACAGGAAAACCUACUCAAAGUGCAUGCUUCUUGUGAUCAUCAGCAAUAUUCUUAUAACAUGCCACCGAAAGAGGGACCAGGGAUGCAAACGGUAAAUUACCAGAAAGCAAUAGGAGUACAUACCAGUAAUUCCAAGAAUGUGGCUGUGUGCAUACUGUAUUCCAUAGAAAGCUUCCACUUAAAUAAAAAAAACCUAACCCAAAUUCCCUGUGAUUAUCUGAACCCUGGGGAACUGUGGCUUUGUGUAAAUUAUGACUAGUGAGAACAGGCCAGGAAUCAUGGUUCGAUCCAGGCUUGUUCUCACUAGCUGUACUUUAAACAAAGCCACAGUUUCCCAAGUUCAGACAUGCUUUUGGUCUCCUCCUCCUAGCAUGUGAAAGAGGAUGGAGUGUGUGAGCCUGGGGUUUGUCCAGGUUCAUUUGUGUAGUAGGAAACCAUGGUUUACUAUUAUGUCCGAACCAAGCCCUAGACUUUUCAACAUUUCAAAUGCGUAUUUAAAGAUGCCUUUGCUUUUGAAAAUUGUUCAGAUAUUGACCUAAAGUUGAGCUUUAUUCCAAAGUGCUAGGACAAUGCUGAUAUUAUGUUACUUUCUGCAUAUCCUGUCUCAGCCAAAUAGUUAAAUUUGGCAAACAGGACAUACAGUACUAAUCUGUGUAUUUGCAGUGAAUAGAAUGGCUUACUUUUUAUAUCUACUACAAUGAAAAACCUUGCAAGGAAUUUUAAACUACAUUUUAGUUUAGGAACACUGCAGUGGACUAUAUACCAUGUUCUUUUGUUUAAUACACAUGCAUUUUCUAUCACAUCUUCUAAAGAAAUGCAAGGCAGAGAUCAGUCAUAAGCUAUGUCUACAAAAGCAAGUAACAGCUACUUAAAUAGCAAUAAAAAUAAUGAAAGUCAAAUGCUAGAGGGUCCCCCCCUCCUCUUGAGCAGAAAUGAUGUACUCUGUAUUAACUACAGCAUAUGGAGUAAAAUUCAAGGCUAAUUUUAGGCGGAGAACACUUCUGGUUUUAAAUAGUUUUGUAAUAUGUAAACUUAACUGUGAGUUGUGUUUUUUAAAAACAUUGUAAAUCUUGCUUUGAUUUUUAUGACUUGCACUAUUUCUAGUUUUUGCUUCUCCGUGCAAUGUUAACUACCUUAACUUUACAUCUCUGCACAUGCUGAGCAUGUUUACAUGGUACUAAAUCCUAGUAAGUCGCAUGGGACUUACUCACUAAGUAAUCCAUGUUUAGGAUUGCAGCCUUAGUUUUUUUUAAUGUCGACUAAAUUAUUUUUAUUGUUUUGUAUAGAGAACUGCAAUAAACUCUUGAGUCCACAGUAUCUUGUUGGACAUUACUGACUGUGUAAUGUGUUAACACAUGCUGGACACUAUCCAUGGGGAUGUUAGAACUAGCUGCCUUACACAGAGUAAAUGCCUGUGGGACAAGUGUAUAUGUGGAGGAGCCCUCAAACUAAGAAGGAGACAGCUAGCGGGCAGUGCCAAUCCCUUGGUCUGCUUUGCUUCCCCUCCCCAUGAUGUAAUCAUAGCCAGGGACAAUUGCAAAUAAUGGAUAUAAAAUGGUGCUGUGUUCUACCAGCUGCUGAACAAGCUCCAGUGGAAAAAAGCAUGUGUCAGAAACAUUGCAGAAAAGUAUUUUGUACCUCCCCUUGCCUUGGCCUUGCACAGUUUUGAAAUCCAUGGUGCUUUGUGUCUGGAUAGCCAUCCUGAGUAUUGCUAAAUUAGGAUAUUUGGUUUACAAGGGUGACAGAGGACAAAAAAAAGGUUGGGAUGUGCACCAACUUUAGGCUUUCGGGGUAUUAACCAAUCAGCCCAUAGAGCACUGUGAGAUUUCCUUCUGAGUAAACAUGAUAAGGUUUCACUUUAAAUGUAGCAUUCCCCAUCAAACUGAAGUGAAUGUAGCCACUGGGCAAAAUCUUAACAUGGCAUCUAUGAAGAAUUUUAGACUUGCCAAAUAAGACAGCCUUUCAAGAGUCUAGGCAUGUCUUACUCAGAAGUAAUUCCAUUGCACGUGCUUGGAUACUCCCAACUACCGGUAUGUGUGCAUAGGAUUGCAGCUUUAGCAGUACAAAAACAUUUUGCUUGAAUGCUUGCACCCAGAGUUUCAUACAAAUCGUAAGUGAGGGGCAAAUUGUGAGAUUCUACAACAUGAACGUUUUGUUGCUCUCUGAUUUAUAAAUGUUCCUUGAAUAUUUUGAGGUAAGCAAGGUUUCUGUUACUCUCUACUACAUAAGUAUAUAUGUUUUUAAAAGUGGUAUGAUUGCUGAGGUCCCUUACACAGCCACUUUUGUUAUGGGAUCUUUCAAUGUCUACAUUUUGCUUGGAUUUUCCACUUCUCUGUGUAUAUUGGCUCAGUGCCCAGAACACCUAUCUGUGAAUUGCUCUCAAACAGCUUAAGUGGAUGUCAUCCAGGAAAAUCUUACUGACUAUUUCCUCUUUUCAGGAACAACGAUCCAAAGAAGUAGUGUUUCAAUAAGUUCUGUGGAAACUUUAAUUGGGGCAAUGCAAAUGAGAAGACUAGAUGUCUUCGUUUCGCUUUGCAAUUUCUGUCUUCCUUGCCACAUUCUGCUCUUAUUACUAGAGGCAAGAGUAAUUGACUUUCCGUUUUUUGUACAUUCUUUUGUUUUGUGGCAGAUACUUUAUCAAUCUUAUAUUAUGCACUGCACAUUUAGCAACCUAAAUGAUUGAUGUUCUCCGAGGUUCUUGAAACCAUCCCUGUACUAUAGUCUUUGACUAUAAAAACAAUUUGUUGUUGUUUAAUCGUUUAGUCGUGUCCGACUCUUCGUGACCCCAU